AUGGAUGGAAAACAUGUAGCAAUAAAAUGCCCUAUAAAAAGUGGAUCAAUGUAUUACAACUACAAACAAUUUUUCAGCAUUGUUCUUUUUGCAUUGGUUGAUGCAGAUUAUAGAUUUAUAUAUGUUGAUGUUGGAUGUAAUGGUAGAAUCAGUGAUGGGGGUGUAUUUGCUAAUUCAUCUAUUUUUAAAGCUCUAGAAGAGAAGUCAUUAAAUUUACCACCUGGGAAACUUUUGCCUGGAAGAGAAAGCCCUCUUCCCUAUGUUAUCGUUGGUGAUGAAGCUUUCCCUCUAAAAACCUACCUCAUGAAGCCCUAUCCUUCAAGACAACUGGAUUUAUCAAAAAGAAUAUUUAACUACAGGCUAUCAAGGGCAAGGAGAGUUGUUGAGAAUGUUUUUGGUAUUUUAUCCAGUAGAUUCCGAGUUUUUAAAGGCACAAUUGAUAUGGAACCAGAAAAGGCUCAGAAAAUUGUUUUAGCUUGUUGUGCUCUCCAUAAUUAUCUACGCACCAAAGUUCUGUCUAAAGCAAAGUACUCCCCAUCUGGAACAUUUGAUGAAGAAUAUACAGACACAAGGACUGUACAACCAGGACAAUGGAGACAAGAAAAUACAGAGCCUUUACGUCCAAUAAUUCAGCAGGGAGGAAACCGUGCAUCCUCUGAUGCACGAUAUAUCAGAGAUGAACUGUGUGAUUAUUUUAACAGUGAUGGCCAAGUACCAUGGCAAUGGGACAUGGCGUAA